AUGCAUGGCUUCACAGCGUCUCCAGCUGCCUCUGACAUCUUUUACGAGGCCAUCACUCCAGAACACUUCCAGAGACCGCCGAUUUGGAGCUCUGCGGCCGCAGCUGCGGCGGCUUCGGUGGCAGCAGCCGCUGCUGGAGCCCCACAGCCUGAUGCAAAAGUGAGGGAAGACAUGUGGAAGAGGUUGGUCCAUCGCCCGCUGCCUCCGGCACCACCUUCUCGCGCGCCCGAAUGUGCAACUGCAAGCUCAAGCUGGACCUCGCAGGAUCCGGACCAGCCAGACCAUCCGGACCAUCCGGACCAGCCGACCUUGUCCCGAAUGCACGGCGUGUCUCGGGAUGGAGAGCCUGGAAGUCCCGAGGAGCUGCAGAGACAAGGACACGGUUUGAGUGGGCAGGGUUUAGACGAACCCCUGAGGCGGCCACUGUUCCACAGCCCUGCCAAGCAAGGAGACUCGUACGAGCAUUCCACUGCCGCCAAUGACCACUACUCGAGCUCUCUGCAUGUCGAGGAGCCCAUGAUCGGUGACUUCAAGCAUGUGAUUAGCCUCCUGAGGCGGAACGGCUUCCGCGAGGUUCAGCACGUUCUGACGUCGAAGGAUGCCAAAGACUUCCCAGGUGAACAGCUAACUCAAAUUGUUGCCGAUGGGCAUGGUCUGUGGACCACAUGUGCUGAGGUAUUGUUGGCUUACGAGAAUCGUGGCCGGCGUCUUCAGCAAGCUUUGCUGGGCGAGCGGACCGAGGACAGAUGCAAACGGGAUGGUCGAGUUCACAGCUUGCUUCAUGAGAACACGAAGCUGCAGGAGGAGCUCAAAGCUGCCAGAGAGGCGCAAAGAGCAGGAACUGCAGGAAGAAGGAGCAGCGGCGACACCAGCUUCGGUUCUUUCGGGUCCCCGCUGCCCGUGAGCAGUUCGAGUCCGUCGCCCUGCACAAGGCCAUCUCUUCAGGCCUCCCGCGACAAGCAACUGCAGGAGUUGACUGUGAGGGCUCAGAAAGCUGAGACGGCAGCGCGGCAACGAGAACGGGACCUGGAGAAAAUCAAAGGCCGCCUGGAACAGGCUUUGGCAGAGGCAUCCAAACGCAAGGAACGCGAGCGUUCAGCUUUAGGCCGAGUCUCGAAGAAGGCGGCUCGCGAUGAUUCUGUGGAGGCAGUCAUAGCUCACAAGGCUGCUGCAGAGGCUGCGCAGGCAGAAGCAUCGGCGCUCCGGAAACAGGUCCAUGUUCUCAGCUUUCAAGUAGAGGAGGCUGAAGCAACUGUCCGACGCAUGGAGGCAGUGAAAUCCCGCCUGGUGCCGCAAUUGGUCGAGGACGUCCCAGAAAAGAGCAGGGGCGAUGCUGAAGCGCUUGCCGAAGAAAGGGAGAGACGAGCAGAAUUGGAGGAGCAAUUGAAACAGAGCCAUCUACGGCAUGCUGAGCAGAUCAGUCAGCUUUCUGCUUCUUGCAGACUAGCAGAGGAGCAGGUAGCACAGCUCAAGGCCGAGCUUCAUGAAAGGGCCAGGGAGCCACGACGCUUGGACUCCAGGCUUCAGCGUGAAGUGUUGAAGCUUCGUGAGGAGCUUGCUGAGGUUCGCAAAGCUUGGAAAACGACAGACACACGAAGCCUCAUUCAGCGUGACAAGGAGCUACGGCGCUUGGGCUUGGAUGCCUGUGGCUUGGAGGAGCACAUGCCGAAGUCGGACAUGGCAGCUGUGCUGGUGGAGCUCUGCAGGCACGUGGAAGUUCGCAGUGUCGCAGAAGCCGUGCCAGAGGUUGAACGCUUGAUUCAGCGUUGCAGGUCGCUUGAAGAUGCUGCAGCCAAUGCCAGGACACGGACAUGCUUGGAGUUGGCCGAAGGCACUCUGCAAGCGUUGCAGGAACACGUGGGUCCUGUCAAGCUUCACGAGGCCUUGCACAGACUGCAGAGUGUUUUUGCAUCGACGAAGAGGCGCCAGAUGGCAGCACAGGAGCUUGCCCGAGCAUUGCAGCUUCCUGACGAUGCAAGCGAGCCGUCGUUUUGCAAGAUUCGAGAAGUCGUCAAGGGGCUGCAGGACAGCAAGGAGGCCUUGCGUGAGGUGUCUCAUGCGCUUGAGCUUCCAGAAGGCUCGGCCACGCAACUCUGCGAGAAACUUGCUGCCAUGACAGAAGCGCACCGGUCGAGCGAGGAGGCGUGGCGAGACGUAUUCGAGGACUUGAAGCUGCCACCAAGUGCAUCUCAUACCCAAAGGGUUGAGCGAGUCCUUGAGCUGGUUGCCACGCAGCGAAACAACGAGAAGGUCUGGAAUGAACUUGCACUCGGGCUACAACUUGCUGAGGGAGCAUCUGUGGGUCAAUGUUUGGAGAGGAUCACGGAGAUGGUGGAAACAAAUUCCGCACAGGUCGCGUUGUUGAACUUACUGUCAUCUACGAUGCGCUGUUCCAAAGUUGAACUUCAUUCAUGUGCGGAGGCGCUGGUCCAAAGGUGUGACGAGCACGUUGCAGCUCACCGCAUUGUUGAGGCUCUCCAGGGUCUGCUCAGAGUCGACAGCAUUGCCGAGGUGUUGCCCGCUCUCAAGGAGGUCCUGGACAUCGGUAGCCUCCGCCUCAAGGCCUCCCAGAGGCGCCGGGGAGCGGUCGGAGCGGUCGGAGCGGUCGGAGCGGUCGGAGCGGUCGGAGCGGCCGCGGUGGGGUCCAUGGCCACCCAGUGA